AUAUCUUGUUGUUGCAAUACUUAUGUCAGAACAUCACUGCUAAGCCUAUCUGUGUGUACAAGAAUCACUGGAUCUCACCGACUCAACCGUCGCAAUUGACCACGUAAAGAUUGUGUGAGAGUUCAUCUCGGGAGGUUAGGAGAUACAUUGAUUCUCUGAAAUGGCUGAAGCCCCACAACAAGAGCUCGAUCCUUCCGAACUAGGAACUCAAGAUUAUUGGGAUAAAACAUAUUCGUUGGAAAUAGACAAUUUCAAACAUCAUGGUGAUGUCGGAGAAGUUUGGUUUGGAGAAGAUAGUGCUCUCAGGAUAGUUAGGUGGCUGAGUUCGAGACCAGAGUUGGUGAAUGAGAAUGAUAAGAUAAUUGAUCUUGGAUGUGGUAAUGGAAUGAUGCUGGUAGAGCUACAUGACGAAGGUUUCACCAACUUAACUGGAGUAGAUUAUUCACAAAAUGCUAUAGACCUGGCAUCCCAAGUCUUGAAAGACAAGAAUCUCACUGAUAUCACGCUAGAGACUUUUGAUAUCCUGGCGGACGAUGUAUCCCGUUUCAGGUCCAACUUCAGAAUAGCACAUGAUAAAGGAACUUAUGACGCAAUCAGCUUGAAUCCUGAUAACCCAAAAGAAAAGCGUGAAAAAUACAUAGAGAACGUUAAGGAGCUACUUUUGCCUGAAGGUAUUUUAAUUAUCACUUCUUGCAAUUGGACGGAAGAGGAACUACUGGGUCAUUUUAAAACUGAUUUUGAUCUCAUACACACCAUACCAACACCUUCGUUUAAAUUUGCUGGACAGACUGGGAACCUGAUCAGCUCCAUGGUUUUUAAAAAAAGGUGACCUCAAGCUUGCCAUAGACAUUUUUCAUCGGCGCUAUUUUGAACCUUGUUACCUAACAAAUAAAACACUUACCUCAGAUAAUAUUGUACAUUACCAAUUUGAUUGGAUGUUAUCAUUGAAUAAAUCAGAAUCUAUAUGAA